AUGCCCCAGGCUGUCGAGCCACCAAAGCUCCACCUCAUCGCCACGGCCCCGCCCACAAAUAUACGAGUUCAGGCGGUCGAACCUGCGCACGAUAGCCUGCACGAUAGUAAGAGAUCAGUACUACCUGAUAUUAACUUCAGUGAUCGUGUGGUCAUAACGAGGAUGCUGUAUAUUGCUGCGUUCGACAAGGUGCAUUCCAUUGCGGACAAGGGGGUUGUGCUCACCAGGUGUCGAGAGAUCGCCGACGAAUAUCGGGAAUUUGACGCUGUUCCGUUCGAUACUGAAGUGGGAAUGGUAGACGUAAUACUGCAGGUCCCCUACGUCACCUAUUUUAUACCACUGUUCGUGCUGACUGGAUAUGCCAUAAUGAGUGUGAUUUUGAUUGGAAAUCUCGCCACUUCCCUCGUGGCUAUCGGAUCCGCAGUAAUGGUCUUUUUAGAAUCUUACUGUAUUUCCUCACUGAUAGGAGUGGUGCUUAACCCGUUCACGGCAGCUUUCCUCAUCGUCAUAUCCGUGUUUGCUGCGAAGUUUUCAACUCACAUCUGCUAUGCCUUUCAGCAGGCUCUGGAAUCUGAAUAUGAAAACGCUGAAACGAAUCGGUUAACCCGAACAUUCCAGAAAGUAUUCAUUCCGGAGGCUAUGGUAAGUCAGUUUUAUCAACAUUUAGUUCAGGGCUGCGUUUACCCCGAAGAAGCCUUGCAUUUUGGAUGGUUCCUUGUUUUUGCGCGCAUGCUAGCGGGACUGGCGCGAAUUCACCUAGUAUCCACUCGCUCAUUCAUCAGUCGAGGAUGCAUGUGA